AUUUGAUGUGUAAAAGCAAACUAUCCCUCUCUUUCACACUGUCGGAAGGGAUUUCCUUUGAAAUUGUAGAGAUUUGUGGUGGACAUACCCAUAUGCAGUGGAGCCGGAUCAAAGAAUAUUCAGGCAGCGAACCCAGAUUGUCUCAAUUUCCAGGAUCCUAAAUUGGUAACUUUGAAGCAAAGAUGGGUGAAGAGAUUGAGAAGAGGAUGCAAGGGGAUGGAGAAAUUGAUGGAGAGAAAUGGGUUCUUGAUUCUUCUGUGGAUUACAAAGGAAGAGUUCCUCCCCGAGCUUCCACUGGUGUAUGGAAAGCCUCUCUUUUUGUCAUCACACUUGCAUUAAGUGAAAGGCUAAGCUACUUUGGGAUAGCUCCGAAUCUCAUUUUAUACCUGACGAAAGUGCUCCGUCAAGAUCUCAAGACAGCAGCAAAGAAUGUCAACUACUGGUCAGGAGUGACAACCUUGAUGCCUCUGAUAGGAGGGAUCCUAGCCGAUGCCUACACCGGUCGAUUUCUGAUGCUCCUAAUUUCAUCUCUUAUAUAUCUUGUGGGUUUAACUCUCCUGGCACUAUCCCAAUUCGUCCCAAGUUUGAAACCGUGUGGUACAGGCAUUUGUAACAAACCAAGGAAAAUUCAUGAAGUGGUAUAUUUCCUUGCCUUGUAUUGUGUCUCGCUCGGAACUGGAGGACAGAAGCCAUGCUUUGAGAGCCUUGGAGCUGAUCAGUUUGAUUCUGGUCAUUUGCAAGAAAGAAAGAAGAAGCUGUCUUUUUUCAAUUGGUGGAAUUUUGCAAUGGCUUGUGGGCUCUUGCUUGGUGUAACUGUUGUAGUUUAUGUUCAAGAUAAUGUGAGCUUUGGAGUAGCAUAUCUCAUUCUUGCUACUUUCUUGGCCACAGCAAUCCUAACUUUUUUCAUUGGGAGGCCUUAUUACCGGUAUAGGAUACCAGAAGGAAGCCCCUUUACAUCCAUGUUACAGGUCUUAGUUGCGGCUUUAAGGAAGAGAAAAUUACGUUAUCCAUCAAGUCCUGCACUAUUAUAUGAAGCCCCCAACCCUAGUGGAAGAUUCCUGGGUCAUACAAACAGUCUUAGGUUUCUCGACAAGGCUGCAAUACUUGAAGAGAAAAACCUAUUACCUGAACAGAAACAAAGUUCUUGGAGACUUGCAACAGUAACAAAAGUCGAGGAACUGAAGCUUGUCCUGAACAUGAUCCCUAUAUGGCUAACUUCACUAAUGUUUGCAGUAUGUGAGGCACAACCCUCCACGUUCUUUGUGAAACAAGGUGCUACAAUGAACCGAAAGGUCACUGCAAAUUUCACGGUACCUGCAGCCUCCAUCUAUGCCCUUGCGGCCAUCGGAACAAUUAUCUCAGUUGCCAUCUAUGAGAGAAUUCUCGUUCCUUUCUUAAGAAAAGUUACAGGAAAUCAAAGGGGCAUUAAUAUUUUCAAAAGGGUCGGUAUUGGAUUCGUGUUUUCGAUCAUAGCAAUCUUUGUUGCAGCUUUAGUUGAAAGGGAGAGGUUAAGGGUUGCAAAGAAGGAAACUAUACAGCUAGCGGAAAGUGGACAUUUGUCCAUGAGUGUUUUCUGGCUAGUUCCUCAAUACAUGCUUAUAGGUAUAGCUGAUGGAUUCACUUUGGCUGGUCUGCAAGAGUUCUUUUAUGACCAAGUUCCUGAUUCAAUGAGAAGCUUGGGAUUGGCGUUAUUUGUCAGUAUUUUCGGAGCGUCCAAGUUCUUGAGCAAUCUGUUGAUCACGGUUGCAGAUCAUGUGUCAACCAAGGCCGGCAAAAGUUGGUUUGGUAAGGACUUGAAUACGAGUCGUUUGGACAAUUUCUACUGGUUGUUGGUAGCUCUGAGUUUGUUGAAUUUAUGUGCUUUCGCGUUCUUUGGGCGGAGGUACGCUUACAAAAAUGUGCAGAGACAGAUGACUCUAGUUUGAUGACUGCAAUGCAGAUGAAUUGGGAAGGAAAUGGCUAGAAAAUGAAGCAACUGUACAUGAAAAUACAAAGGAAGUGAUGCAUAUGCUGGCUCUUCUUGCAUGAUGUUGAAUAUUGAACUUGAUUUAAUGGAUUUGCUUAGAUUUAUCUGUCAAUGAUACACCUGAUCAUGUGUUCAUAAAUAAGAUUAAAUACUGUGACACUGUGAUGGAUGCAUGUUUUUGGGCAGACUUUUACUUAAUUUUUUGUGUGAGGGGGAGUUCAAA